CAGCGCUAACCCAAUCAGCAAGCAGCGCGCGCAAACCCCCGCGACCUGGCCGGUGACAGGAGCGCUGUGGCGGCGUGAGUGCUGAGUGGAGUUGAGAUUGGUUCUGGCUGGGUGAAGAAAACUGUAAAGGAUAUGUCAGAGAAUCAACCAGAACUACAUCCAGAUAUUACUACAGAUAUGGAAGUUGUUAUAGAUACUGAGGAAGAACUUAUUAAACAGUGUGAAAAAAUGUGGGAAGACAUGGAAGAUUGCCAGAAUAAAUUGUCACUCAUUGGAACUGAGACACUCACUAGCUCAAAUGCUCAGCUCUCAUUACUUUCUAUGCAAAUCAAAUGUCUGACUGCUGAACUUGAUCAUUGGAACAAAAGAACACACGAAAUAACUCCCCUGACUGAAGAUGUUUUGAUAACAUUAGGAAAAGAAGAGUUUCAAAAAUUGAGAUGUAAUCUUGAAAUGGUAGUAUCUACUAUUCAGUCAAAGAAUGAAAAGUUAAAGGAAGACUUAGAAAGGGAGCAACAGUGGUUGGAUGAACAACAACAGAUUCUGGAAUCUCUUAAUGUAUUGCACAGUGAUUUGAAAAACCGCGAUGUGACAUUUUCUGUAUCAAGAAUCUUUAAAGAGCUGAAAGCUAAGAUGCUUAGUAUAAAAGAUUUUAAGGAGAAACUUCUGUUUACCUUGGGUGAGUUUUUAGAAGAUCAUUUUCCUCUGCCUGAUGGGACUAGUAAAAAGAAAAAGAAAUGCAUGCAAACAUCAAAUGCACAACUGAUAACACUGCAUGAAAUAAUAGAGAUGCUUAUAAAUAGAAUGUUUGAUGCUCCACAUGAUCCAUAUGUUAAAAUUAGUGAUUCAUUUUGGCCACCAUAUAUUGAGCUGCUUCUGCGUAAUGGAAUUGCUUUGAGACAUCCAGAAGAUCCAACACAAAUAAGAUUGGAAGCCUUCCAUCAGUAAAAUGAUGGUCUGUUUUCACAGAGUAUGGAUUUUUGUCAUCCACGGAUAAAGCAAACACAGGACUAUUUAAAUAAAGAAUAUUAUUUGCAAAUCAAA